UUCACCCGGUUCCUCUUCUCUCUCCGGAGACGCUCUCCGUCUCCUACUGGGAGAUUCACGCACUGGGCACCCUCUCGAGCUGCUCCUGCCCUCUGUCCCCUCCAUUAUAUCACCCUCUACGCCAAGGCGACUCACCCACUAUUAAUUCGUUGGCAGAGAAGCUCUAGUCUGCUCAAGAUCAUGUCCCCGCGUCCCAUCCUCAAACAGCAGCGCGCUGCACUCAAGCAGGCUCUGCCCCCUCUCCCUUCUCCCUCUCCCUUCCCUUUCGCAGCCUGCCGCGUGGUCGACGACCUCAGCACGCCCCAUGUCCACUUCCCGCCCACGCCUGGCAUCGUCUCAGGCGAAGCCAUCACCCACUCGGCGUCCUACUACGACCGCUCUUCAGUCGUUGUGCAACCCAACCAAUGUGCCAUGCCUGGACGCCACGCACGCACGGUUGAGGACGACCCCUCUGUGCAGCCUGCGAGCCCAAGCCUUAGCCCGUCGCUCAUUCCCUUCUCAAAAGAGCGCGCCGAGGAGCGCGCACAGAGCCUGCGGAUGGGGAGCUACUUCCACCCGCGUGCGUUUGAGGCGUGCGAGCCGGAACCACCGGAGCCCAAGCCGGAAGAGCGCCCAUUCCCGGCGUGCGCUGAUCCCCCGACCCGCCCUCCCGCUCUCGUGCCCGACGUCGGAUCGUCCUCAUCUGAAUCAGACGAGAGCGACGGCUCGAUAUUCACCCCUCCAAAUCCCCCCUCCUCUCCUCUCCCCGCUUCAAAUAGCAAGGGCCAACGCUCGUCGCUCGACUUCCUGAGUGCCACCCUCGCGCUCAACUGCCACCUGCACGACGGCUCCAACGCCGCACCUUCAAAAGACAACAUCAUGGCCUCGCCGAUACCCCGCAUCAGCUCGCAGGACGAGAUCGCAGCCGCGAUGGCCUUCCUCCCACACCCGCGCCCCGCCAGCCCGCUCGCCAUACGCUCUCGCCACCACCUUUCCCCGUCGCACACCUCGUCAUCGCGCAGCCGCACGCCAUCGCCCACACGCGAACGCCGCGACCGCACCCGCCGCUCAGGACGCACCGCGCGGCGGAAGGAGCCCCCGAUGCGGAUGCCGGACGCGUUCGGUCUGCCUGCGCUGGACGACGGGUGUCUCGGCGGGUUCUGAGCUGCACCUGGUUUCAUCGACAUCGUUGACGCUGUCUCGGUUGUACUGUCAUCCCAUGACUCUGGUUCUGGUCGCAUCUGCAUAUCAUACCCCC